GUGACCGCUGAGGGGGUGACCACCCUGUUCCUACAGAGAGUACCCAGGGGUGGGGGACAUUGGGCAGGAGCUGGAGCGUCUGAGGGGGGCUCGUGGGGACCUGAGCCGGCUCUAUCAGGAGAACGAGGCCAGGCUCCGGCGAGCCCAGCUGCCCAAGAGCGUCCUCUUUCCCAGGGGAGGCCUGUCCAAGGCCAUGGAGAGCCUGCGGGUCAGGCUGCCCAAGCUGCUGCUCAGUGAGGAUGACAGGAACGUCUACAUAGUUGGCAACAGCAGCGAUGUGUCCGAAGCCAAACAGUUCCUCCUCCUGGGGGAGAGAGAGGAGGCGGUGGAGGAUGUAGCCAGCUUGUUACGAUCUCCCUCAUCCACAUCUGGUUCCUCCAAGCCAGGGGAAGAGGAGAGACUCACACCCACUCUCUCCUCCACAGCAGGAACACCCCUGGACGGCAAGGAUAGAUAAGCUGCUAAAGCAAUAUGAGACAGAGAGAAGGACAGAUGGGGGCCCGAGGGUAUAAGUUUGCCCCCCGCUUCAAGGCAUUAGGGCCGGCUGGGCUAGGGACCAGACCUAGGGACACAGUGACGGUAGGGGACCCAUCUCUAAGUAUACGACCAGGCCUUGGACCUAUGUUAGGCCAUGACCUGUUUGGCUUAGACAGAGCAGGGUCAGGUGUUGGGGGACUCCCCAGGCCAGGUACACAGAGUAGUGUAGAGGAUAUCCUGUUCAUGAGAUGUGACCCCCUGUUCACCCCCUCCUCUAUGGAGAAUGGACUCUUCCUGAGCUCAAUACCAACAGACCUUAGGCAGCAGGGUGAGACAGCCCCAUUCACCUCAACUCUGAACACCUUGUCAGGGGGCAGCACCACCCACCACCAUCUCACCCUCCGGGUCAGGGUCCACUCUAAAGCGGGCCAGUAGUUUCUCGGGGCGGGCCAGGUCCAAGGUCCAGGACCCAGGACAAAGUGAGGCUGAGAAACCCACAACCAGAGCCAGGCGGUCCAAUAGCUUGGACAGGAGAAAUGCCUACUGUGCAGAGCUAACCAUUUCCAUGGUGAUAUGGAAUUACAUGAAGGAGGCCUACGCCACCCGUAUACAGGACAUGACCUCUGACCUGCAGAUGAGGGAGAGCCAAUCAGACAAAAGCAAUGACAUCACUGUCAUCCUUAGUGGGGCGGAGUCAUCUGUGGUGAGCACCUGUCAGUUGGAGAUGCAGAAGCUGGUUGCCAUGUUGAAGACAGACUUCUGUUUGCAGGAGUUGCGUCUGGCUGAGUUAGGCUUGUCCGACCCAGCGGAUGAGACUUUAGAAGUGUGCUGUGCUGAGGUGAGGCAACGGUUCAAGAAGGUCUCCAUCCAGACGAUGAGAGAUAGUGUAUUUCUGAUCGGCCCCAAGCAGCUGUGCUCUCAAGUGGGGGCAGCACUGAGGGAGGUAUUCCCUGGAGAGACAGGCCAGAGGGGGGGACAAGAGGACUUCUCUGUCCCCUCUACCUCCACUUUGAAUCAGUCCAGUCCAUCUCAGGUGAAUGGGGUCCAGAACUCCACACAGUUUCAGACCAAUAGCCUUCAGCGGAUGUCUGAGACUCAGAGAGGAGGAGAGGAGGGGCCUGGUGCCAGCAGGGAGGAGAAGAAAAACAUCCUAAGGCGUGAUUCUUCCAAGAGGACGAGAAACAGCGAAUCGGAACACAAGAACACAGUUGUGAGCCAAUCACCAGCGAGGAAAGACCCUGUCAUAAAGGAGAAAGUGGAGAGGGGAGGGACCAUGGAGGCAGACGGGAGCAAGACUGACACAUUUCUCAGCCAUUCAGCGAUAGGCAACGGAGGAAGGCCGGGAGCAGUGAAUGGUGGCGGGUCAAUGUUCCCGUCAACAUCAGCAGCACAUACCAAUCAAGACAUGGUCACGCCCCCAAAAGAAAGCAACCUGAGAUCCAGAGUGACCCAGAAGGACAACAACAGACAGUCUAGUGGAGCAGAGAACCAGGAAAGGUCAGGGUCAGGGGGAGCUCUCACACGCCAUGGCUCGGGAAGGUCUAGUCUGUCUGGGGCACGGACACAGAUCUGUGUGUGUGGGGAGAGUGGGCCGUCAUUGAAAAGGACAGGGUGUGGGGUGACCCUGUGUCCACAGUGCCUUCUCAAAGUCCACGUCCAAUGCAGGGUUUGCCCCAAGGCUGAGGUGGCAGUUCCACAGGGCAUCCAGGGUAACAUGAACUACUCUGAGAUGCCCUUCAGCCUGCCAGGCCAUGGCAGAGACACCGCCGUUAAAAUCACCUACUGCAUCCCAGAUGGCAUUCAAGGGGUAAGGGCAGGACUUCUCUACCACGCUAUCUGAUGGGCUAAUUACAGUUGACAUUUUAAAUGUGUCAUGUCAUUCAUGUGCUAUUUUUUGAAACUGGCAAAUGCGCUCUUGGCGUUAUUAAAUCAGCUUAUAUUAAAAUGUUAAGUCUAAGUAACCCUUGUCAGUAAUUGCUUGCUUUGCAUUUAUAAUUUAUGUCAUGUUUAGCUCCUAACACUGUCUGGUGGCUAUUACAAUCUUGAACACUCCCAUUAUCUGCCACAUUUCCCUCUCCUGUUGUAGGAGGGCCACCCCUCGCCUGGCUCUGCGUUUCGGGGGGGAGUAUUCGAGGCCUACCUUCCCCUAUGUGAGAGGACCAGGAAACUCCUACCGCGGCUGGAGAAAGCCUUCAGGCUAGGCCUCACCUUCACUGUGACGGGCAGGGAGCCAGGGGCCAGGGUCAGCUGGGACAGCAUCCCCCACAAGACAAGCCUGCAGGGGGGCAAGUCUGGGUGA